UCUGUCAGAGACCGUCUGAGCGCGCGCACACACACACACUGUACCCCCCUGUCACACACUCUCCGGCACACACACACGCGCGCUCUGACGCACACGCACAGACUCGCUCUGUCGGACCCGGGAGGAGAGGAGAGGAAAGGAAAGGAGACAGCUACUUAUUCGCCUCCAACUUCUCUCUUUGCUUGUACUUGUGUCUUUCUGACUCUUCUUAUCCACCAAUGCGAGGAUUUUAUUCCUGUUCUCACUGUUAUCACCCCAGCUGUCCCCAACUACGGAAGCCCAGUCUAAGGACCAGACGGGAGUAUGUUAAAUAACCCGCACCACUGAACAAAACAAGAAGAAAAAGAAGGAGAAGAAAUGGAUAAACGGAGUUAUUCUCUCGUUUUGCCUGCAGCUUUCUUCUACUUUGUACUUUUGGGAUUUACUGCCGGACAAUUCUUUCCAGGUGGCUGUACAUUUGAGGAGUCAUACAGCAGCUGUGGGUACAGCGUUUCUCUUGGAACCAAUGGAUUUACCUGGGAACAAGUCAACUCCUGGGAGAAACCCACCAUGGACCCUGCCCUGCCCACUGGUUCGUUCAUGGUGGUGAACGCAUCAGGCCGGGCGUCAGGGCAGAAGGCUCACCUUUACAUGCCCACCUUGAAGGAGAAUGACACCCACUGCAUCGACUUCCUGUACUCCCUGUCCAGCCGGGACGGAGCCAGCCCGGGAACGCUUAACGUCUAUAUUAAGGUGAAUGGAGGCGCUCAGGGUAACCCAGUAUGGAACGCCUCUGAUACAGUUACCGAAGGAUGGGUGAAGGCUGAGCUGGCCAUUUCUACAUUCUGGCCCAACUCCUAUCAGGUAAUAUUCGAAGCAGUUUCAGUUCAAGGCCAUCCCGGUUUCAUCGCCAUCGACGACAUACGAGUUCUGGCUCACCCCUGCCGUAAAGCACCUCACUUCCUGCGUCUGCAAAACGUGGAGGUGAACGUGGGUCAGAACGCUACGUUUCAGUGUACCGCUGGAGGGAAAUGGUCUCAGCACGAUAAACUCUGGCUGCAGCAGUGGAACGGUAGGGACACAGCGCUGAUGGUGACCAGGGUGGUGAACCACAGACGUUUCUCUGCAACCGUCAGCGUUGGCGACACCUCCCAGCGCAGCACCAGUCGCUACCGCUGUGUCAUCCGAUCCGACGGCGGGUCAGGGGUGUCCAACUACGCCGACCUCAUCGUCAAAGCUCCACCCACCCCCAUCGCUCCACCAGAGCUUCUAGCAGUUGGCGCCACUUACCUUUGGAUCAAACCCAACGCCAACAGCAUCAUUGGCGACGGGCCAAUCAUCUUGAAGGAGGUGGAGUACCGAACCACUUCAGGGAACUGGGCAGAGACCCAUGUGGUGGACUCUCCCACCUAUAAACUGUGGCAUCUGGACCCAGAUGUGGAGUACGAAAUCAAGGUCCUGCUCUCCAGGCCUGGAGAGGGAGGAACGGGGCCACCAGGGCCACCGCUGGUCACCAGGACCAAAUGUGCAGAUCCAGUCCAUGGUCCACAAAACGUCAACGUGGUGGAUGUCAGAGCCCGCCAGCUGACUAUACAGUGGGAGACAUUUGGAUAUGCGGUGACACGCUGCCACAGCUACAAUCUGACGGUGCAGUACCAGUAUGUAUUUAACCAGCAGGAGUUUGCAGCAGAGGAGCUGAUCCAGACCUCGUCACAUUACACCCUGAGGGGGCUGAGGCCCUUUGUCACGGUCAGACUGCGGCUGGUCCUGGCCAACCCCGAGGGCAGCAAAGAGAGCGAGGAGAUCGUCAAGCAGACGGAGGAGGAUGUGCCUGGCUCAGUGCCGAUGGAGUCUCUGCAGAAUACGCCCUACGAAGAGAAGAUCUUCAUGCAGUGGAAAGCUCCCAACGAGACCAAUGGCGUCAUCACACUCUACGAGAUUACCUACAAGGCCCUGAGCUCACUGGACCCCAGCGCUGAUCUUACAACCCAGAGGGGACGGGUGUUCAGGCUGAGGAAUGAGACCCAUCACCUGUUCGUAGGUCUCUACCCAGGGACAACCUACUUCUUCACCCUCAAAGCAUCCACGAACAAGGGCUUUGGCCCGCCCGUCACCACCCGCAUCACCACCAAAAUAGCAGCCCCGAUGAUGCCAGAGUACGAGUCUGAGGCUCCUCUGAACGAGACAGAGACCACCAUCACCAUCCUGCUAAAGCCCGCCCAAUCACGUGGCGCACCUAUCAGCUCCUACCAGCUCGUUGUGAAGGAGGAGCGCAAGUCCAAGACCCGCCGCGCUGCUUCCGAAGUCCCUGAAUGUUUCUCGGCUCCUGUCAGCUUCCGCAACGCCUCCAUCUUGGACUCUCCGUACUAUAUCGCUGCUGAAUUGCCCCCAUCCAGCCUCACGGUUGUGCAGCCGUUUACAGUGGGAGACAACAAGAGCUACGGAGGUUUCUGGAAUCCUCCGCUGUCACCGGCCAAGAGCUACAGCAUCUACUACCAGGCCAUGAGCAGAGCCAAUGGGGAAACCAAAAUCAACUGUGUCCGCCUGGCUAACAAAGGUGCGUCCACCCAGGACUCAGAUGCGAUGGAGCCAGAGAAACAAGUGGACAGCACGGUGAAAAUGGCAGGCGUGAUUGCAGGGAUCCUCAUGUUCAUCAUCAUCCUCCUCGGUGUCGUCCUCACCUUCAAACGCAGAAGACAUGCUUAUUCCUACUCUUAUUACCUGAAGUUGGCGAAGAAGCAGAAGGAGACUGCCAGCAGCUCCACCCAGCAGAGGGAGAUGGGUCCGGUCACCACAGCUGAUAAGAGCACCACUAAAGUCAGCACCCUGCACAAAGACGACCCCUUCUCCACCUCCAACCAGGACCUCAACGGAUUCACAGACAGCAGCCAGCCGUCACUCGCCCAGCCCUCUCUGACCCUGCAGAGUUUUCCCUAUGGAGGCUGUGAGUCUGUGGAGCUCUCCUACCAGAGCGGUCAGUUCCAGGCAGGCCAGUUUCAGCCUGCUAUUCGAGUUGCAGACCUCCUCCAACACAUCACCCAGAUGAAAUGUGGACAGGGCUAUGGUUUCAAGGAGGAAUAUGAGGCCCUGGCAGAGGGACAGACGGCGCCCUGGGAGACUGCCAAGAAGGACGAGAACCGCAACAAGAAUCGCUAUGGCAACAUCAUCGCUUACGAUCACACCAGAGUCCGACUGCAGCUGCUGGACGGAGACCCUCACUCUGACUACAUCAACGCCAAUUAUAUUGAUGGGUACCAUAGACCCAGACAUUACAUCGCCACACAAGGGCCCAUGCAGGAGACAGUGAGGGAUUUCUGGAGGAUGGUCUGGCAGGAAAACUCAGCCUCUAUCGUCAUGGUUACCAACCUGGUGGAGGUGGGCAGGGUGAAGUGUGUGCGUUACUGGCCUGAUGAGACAGAAGUGUAUGGAGACAUCAAGGUGACCCUGAUAGAAACUGAACCACUGGCUGAGUACGUCAUAAGGACAUUCACCGUCCAAAAGAAGGGUCAUCACGAGAUCCGUGAACUCCGCCAGUUUCAUUUCACCAGCUGGCCUGACCACGGCGUUCCCUGUUACGCCACCGGAUUGCUCGGCUUCAUACGACAGGUCAAGUUCCUCAACCCGCCUGAUGCUGGGCCUAUAGUGGCACACUGCAGUGCCGGUGCAGGAAGGACGGGCUGUUUCAUUGCAGUGGACAUCAUGUUGGACAUGGCAGAGAAUGAAGGCGUGGUGGACAUUUUCAACUGCAUCCGAGAGCUGAGAUCACAACGAGUCAACAUGGUCCAGACAGAGGAGCAGUACGUGUUUGUUCACGAUGCCAUCUUGGAGGCGUGUCUAUGUGGGAAUACAGCCAUACCAGUGUGUGAGUUCAGAGCCAUUUACUACAACAUCAGCAGACUGGACCCACAGACCAACUCCAGCCAGAUUAAAGAUGAGUUCCAGACUCUGAACAUAGUGACCCCUAGAGUCCGUCCAGAGGACUGCAGUGUGGGCUUGCUACCAAGGAACCACGACAAGAACCGCAGUAUGGACGUUCUAUCAGCAGACCGAUGCCUGCCUUUCCUCAUAUCUGUGGAUGGAGAGAGCUCCAAUUACAUCAAUGCUGCAUUAAUGGACAGCCACAAACAGCCAGCGGCCUUCAUUGUUACCCAGCAUCCUUUGCCAAACACCAUGGGCGACUUCUGGAGGCUGGUGUUCGACUACAACUGCUCCUCCAUUGUAAUGCUCAACGAGAUGGACGCAGCUCAGUUAUGUAUGCAGUACUGGCCUGAAAAGAGUUCGUGUUGCUACGGUCCCAUUCAAGUCGAAUUCAUAUCAGCAGACAUCGAUGAGGACAUCAUCAACCGAAUCUUCAGGAUCUGCAACAUGGCCAGGCCACAGGACGGUUACCGCCUGGUGCAGCACUUUCAGUUCAUCGGCUGGCCGGCCUACAGGGACACGCCUCUCUCUAAACGCUCUAUCCUCCAGUUGGUCCGGAGGUUGGCUAAGUGGCAGGAGCAGUACGAAGGAGGAGAUGGGAGGACUGUGGUACAUUGCCUUACCGGCGGAGGGCGUUCUGGAACGUUCUGUGCCAUCUGCAGCAUUAACGAGAUGAUCCAGCAGCAGAACAUCGUGGAUGUUUUCCACACCGUCAAAACACUGAGGAACAACAAGACUAAUAUGGUGGAAACUAUGGAACAAUAUAAGUUCUGCUAUGAAGUGGCUUUGGAGGCGCUCAGCUCCUUCUGAUUGGCUGUGGGUUGAAAUCAUCUUUUCUGAUUCACCGUUGACGCUGCCUGUCAUUCUCAACGCAACACUGGGACACACAGAGUGCAAAACUGCUUUGUGGUGACCCAAACCCAACCUGUGAGCAUGUGUGCCUGUGAAUGUGUGUGUGUGUUUGAGAGUGUGUGCACGUGAUUCUGUGUGAAUAAGAGAGGGCAUGCUUGCAUAUUUGAGUGUGCCUGUGACAACACACACACAACCUGUACAAAAGAGAAAAAAAGCGACACACACACCGGUGAUUUUCGUGUGUUCGCUUCAGCGAGACUGUGAACUUUACAUGCUUGUACAAAGAAAAAAGAAAAAAUGAUAUGUUGAAAAAACAAAAUCAGAUGUUUAAAAAAAAAAGCGCCACUUUUUCCUUCUCUAUCUCUCUGUCCUCUCUGCUGGGCUGUGAUGUGACUAUUGUACAGUAUUUCCUUUUUAGAUAUAUUCUACGCCUUGAAUGUUGUCUCCCUGUGAAGACUGGAUGCACACUGGAAGAUUGUUCACAUUUAGCAGAGGUUCAAGUGAUGACUCAACUCUGUAUUUUGGACUCCAAUGUUUAUCCCUGAGUAUUUCUGAAAGGUUAUGAAACUUGUUUCGCUGAGAGGUGGACGUUAUCGUCAAUAAUUCAGUCAGCUGGAUCCCAAUAAAAAACAAAAGACAAAUGUUAAUUCUAGCAUUUUCCUUUGAAAUCACAAGCUGGUACAUUUCCUUGUGGCUGGGGCCUCAUGGGGGCCUCAUGACUGCCUCAAACUGAAUCUUAUGUCUAAUUCGGUAAUUGGUUACAAAAAUUCUCAGUACAGUUUCCUUACCUUCAUAAUGCAUCAUGGAAGUCAUUUACAACUUUCCUUUGGCAGUUUUGCUUUAACUGGGGAAAUAAUGCUUACAAACAUUGUUAAAGAAGGAAGAAGUAGCGAGUUACAAACUACAGGAAGAGGAGUCAAGUGCAUAGUGAAGAGUAAUAACAACAUUAAACAGACAGAAGAAAAGAAAACUCAUGCCUUGCCUUUAUGACCAAACGUUGAUGUUGUUGUUCUCCUCGCUGCUCCAGGUUUUUUCAUUUGGGGCUGUGAGAAAAAAAUAAAAUAAUGUUUCAUAAACGUUUUUGAAUGGCUUUAUGUAAAGUCAUUGUUGUCAAAAUCUUUUAGUGUGCAUCCACUCUUACUGUAAAUAAGAUAAGACAACCACAGUCAAACAAACAAACAGACAAACAAACAUCAUGCACCAGACACAUUACAAAUAAAGGUUAUCAUUUCAAAAUGCUAUCGCUCUGUAAAGCUGUGUCAGUGUCAUUUUCAGCGACUUGGUAUUAUAGUUUGGAAUAAAGUCUUAUGUUGCUUAUUACAAACUGUCCUUUUAGACAUGUUGUCUAAAAAAAAAAAAGAUAUAUAUUUUUGCAUAUUGCACAUUUAGCUGACGCCCAUACCCAGAGUGGCUUACAAUGAGGAAGCAGAUUGCUUGAAGUUUUUUUUCCCCCAGAGGAGAGUUUUAGAUUAAACAUGCCUGUUUGUGACGCUUUGGAGAACACAACACUUUUUCACAACAACCAGGUCAUUCUGCAUCUCAUAUACAUUCUCACUGAACAGAAAAAAAAUCCAUGCAGUCAUUCCAAAUGGAAAAUCUAAACAAAGUGUAACUUAUUUUUCUUUUUUUGUCCACUGAUUUAUGCAGUUUUGAAGAUUUUUUUUAACGUUAAACUGCAGGCAGGCAAAACAAGGCAAUCAAUAUGUUUUAAGUACAGUGAAGCUUGUAGCUUUGUGAAGUUAAAGCUGCAUUAUAAUUAUUUGGACUUUACCUGGCCUGUGAAAAUUGUGAUUUUUUCCUUUCCCUUUGCUCAUGCCACACACAUUCUUUUUUGUACCGUGUCCCAAGGCCGAAUUUUUUUUAUGAAUCACUGAAGAAGCUUGAGCAGCAUUAACAUGUGAGAACGCCAUGUGCAGGGAAACGCAUCUCUAGAGACAUUUUUUUCCAAAUAUAUAUUGUUAUCAGACAAGUAUCUAAAACAAGGUCAAAAACAUGAGAUGCAAAUUCUUGACCCAUGGUGAUUAAAAAGAUAGACUUCCCUUGAUAAAGAUCAUAUCAUCAGCCACAAUAUGUUUCAUGUGAUACAUUCUCAACACAGUUUAGGGAAAAGGAGGCUUAGGGGUUAUACCGUUUUCCCGGCCUGCCAUCUAUCAUUAAAGUGACAACAGCAAACACACAGACAGGUCACAUUUACUUCCUCUACAAACAAAGCCUCAAAUUUGCUUUUCUCUAAGCCGCUGAGGUGUGCAGGUUUAAAAAUUCAUUUGACAAACUCACUCCUCAGUCCAAUAGGAAAUGAUUUCAGCUGAUGAUUGACCCCAGCAUGAAAGAAGGUCACCAUGGCUGCCAGUUCAGACAUGUGAGGAGUUAAUGAGAAUUUUACAGGGCGUGAGGCUGACCACAGCUUUCCCUUAUCUCAUCUAAUUAGACUUUUUUCUUUUGACAUUUCUCUGUUGUGCAUUUAAAAGAUGCAACCAAAACUAAACAACUAGCUAAUUUUAAAGACACACUUCCUGUUUUAAUUUAGCACCCUCUGAACUGUGGAGUCAGAAGAACUGUGAUAAUAUUUAGGGGUCAGUUGGCACUUUUGGGGACUAAAGCAUGGCCACAGUAUAGUCUCAUGUAGAUGUCCAAUAAAAGGACAAGACACCAGAUCAAGGGCUUCAUUUUCAAACACUAUGAAUCUGUUCAAGAAAAAUCAUUGAUACCAAUUGUGAAAGCAAUUUUGUAAGUCACCAUCUUAAAAACCCAGUUGUAACCCAUAAUGUGAUUAAUGUUAUCCAUAGAUUCAUACCAGCAUGUGUCAGUAUUUUAAGACAAUGGAUAACCCAGUUUGGAAUGACUAUCACAACGCUGAAGGUCUCUGGUGAAUAUUUGUUAAGGUAGUACAGUUUGCUUGUAGGUUUCAAUUUUCUUGGCCAGAACCGGCAUACUUGUGGCAAGAUGUUGUGGCAAACUGUUCAGUCUGCGCUUAUGUUUUAUUUUGUUGCUAGAGUCCAGUCAGGCUCGUUAAUGGACCUAUCAAGACAAAGACUGUAAGAGUGUUGUAUUGAAGACCAUGUGAAAGCCAGACAUUUUAAGCAUUUUGUUUUUUCUCACUAAGGCUUUAUUUUACUGGUUUGGUUCAUGGCCGUUCAUUUGUAUUAUAUAUUUUGUUUGUUUUAUUUUUGCUUUUUUUGUCCUGAAUUUGUACAUUUCUUUUGUAUAAUUAUUAUUCUGAUGAUUAUUUGUCUAGCAAAGUGUUGUUUAGAUCUGGUGAUGCCAUUACCAUUGGUUGUUUAGUUGUUUGAAAUGUGGUUAACAUGAAAUAAAGGGACCAAAAUGUUGAAUGUGAUCUCA